AUGGCCUCAGCUCCCGCAACACAGUCCUUGAAGUGCGUCGUCACUGGAGAUGGUGCUGUAGGCAAGACGUGCUUGCUCAUCUCUUACACAACGAACGCUUUCCCUGGAGAAUACAUCCCUACCGUCUUUGACAAUUACUCUGCUAAUGUAAUGGUCGACGGAAAGCCCAUUAGCCUUGGACUGUGGGAUACUGCCGGCCAGGAAGAUUACGAUAGACUGCGUCCUUUGUCGUAUCCCCAGACCGAUGUCUUCUUGAUCUGCUUCUCAAUCGUCAGCCCACCCUCUUUUGACAACGUCAAGGCGAAAUGGUACCCAGAGAUCGAGCAUCAUGCACCCAAUGUCCCAAUCAUACUCGUCGGUACGAAGUUGGAUUUACGAGAUGACGAGGCCACCCGUGAGAGCCUGCGCCAGAAAAAGAUGGCACCUAUCCAGUACGAGCAGGCCGUUAUGGUUGCGAAGGAGAUCAAGGCGCAGAAAUACCUCGAGUGCUCAGCAUUGACCCAACGUAACCUCAAGAGCGUGUUUGACGAAGCUAUCAGAGCGGUCCUUAGCCCACGUCCAGCCAUUGGCUACAAGAAGAAAUCAAAGUGUGUUGUGCUGUAA